AUGGCUUCUCUCGAUCGAUCAUCUUCCCGAUUUGGGAGUUCACUACGAAUCAUUCGCAAUAUCUUCUCUCAUGAGGGUGGCUAUGCCGCUUUUUACCGAGGACUUACCCCCAAUCUUAUCGGAAAUUCCACAAGUUGGGGGUUGUACUUUUUAUGCUACAGCAGCUUGAAGGAUACUAUUCGAGCCUAUCGCGAGGAGAGGGAGCAGAUUCUCACAUCGUCUGAUUAUCUUCUCGCAUCUGGCAGUGCAGGCGUCAUUACGUCGGUCCUCACCAAUCCAAUCUGGGUGAUCAAAACUCGCAUGUUGUCAACAGGUUCGCAUGCUCCAGGGGCAUAUUCUUCGUUUGCAUCCGGGGCCAAACAGAUAUACCAGAUGGAAGGAAUACCCGGCUUCUACCGAGGUCUCAUACCAGCCCUAUUUGGCGUCAGCCAUGGUGCCCUUCAGUUUAUGGCAUAUGAGCAGUUGAAACUCUUCAGAUCCCGGUCGAUGAAUACCAAGGACUCAAUUGAGAGCAACCAUUUGGGCCCCGAGCGGGCACUGGGUAAUUUUGAUUUUUUGGUCAUCUCCGGUCUAUCAAAAGUCUUCGCUGGCAGCGUGACGUAUCCUUACCAAGUAAUUAGGUCCCGGUUGCAAACUUAUGAGGCCCACCUGAUCUACCGUGGGGCCAUUGAUGUCUUUUCCCAGGUAUGGGCCCAAGAGGGGAUUGCGGGUUUCUAUAAGGGUCUUGGUCCAAAUCUGUUCAGGGUCCUUCCAAGUACGUGGGUUACCUUCCUGGUAUACGAGAAUACCAAG